AUGGAGACUGGAGACAAAAGGUUGAAAGGAAGUGUAUAUAGCAACCUUGGCAGUGCCUAUGACUCUCUCGGUGAGUACAGGAAAGCAAUCGAGUUUUUUCAAUUGAGCCUAACUAUCGCAAUGGAGACUGGAGACAAAAGGUUGAAAGGAAGUGUAUAUAGCAACCUUGGCAGUGCCUAUGACUCUCUCGGUGAGUACAGGAAAGCAAUCGAGUUUUUUCAAUUGAGCCUAACUAUCGCAAUGGAGACUGGAGACAAAAGGUUGAAAGGAAGUGUAUAUAGCAACCUUGGCAGUGCCUAUGACUCUCUCGGUGAGUACAGGAAAGCAAUCGAGUUUUUUCAAUUGAGCCUAACUAUCGCAAUGGAGACUGGAGACAAAAGGUUGAAAGGAAGUGUAUAUAGCAACCUUGGCAGUGCCUAUGACUCUCUCGGUGAGUACAGGAAAGCAAUCGAGUUUUUUCAAUUGAGCCUAACUAUCGCAAUGGAGACUGGAGACAAAAGGUUGAAAGGAAGUGUAUAUAGCAACCUUGGCAGUGCCUAUGACUCUCUCGGUGAGUACAGGAAAGCAAUCGAGUUUUUUCAAUUGAGCCUAACUAUCGCAAUGGAGACUGGAGACAAAAGGUUGAAAGGAAGUGUAUAUAGCAACCUUGGCAGUGCCUAUGACUCUCUCGGUGAGUACAGGAAAGCAAUCGAGUUUUUUCAAUUGAGCCUAACUAUCGCAAUGGAGACUGGAGACAAAAGGUUGAAAGGAAGUGUAUAUAGCAACCUUGGCAGUGCCUAUGACUCUCUCGGUGAGUACAGGAAAGCAAUCGAGUUUUUUCAAUUGAGCCUAACUAUCGCAAUGGAGACUGGAGACAAAAGGUUGAAAGGAAGUGUAUAUAGCAACCUUGGCAGUGCCUAUGACUCUCUCGGUGAGUCCAGGAAAGCAAUCGAGUUUUUUCAAUUGAGCCUAACUAUCGCAAUGGAGACUGGAGACAAAAGGUUGAAAGGAAGUGUAUAUAGCAACCUUGGCAUUGCCUAUAACUCUCUCGGUGAGUACAGGAAAGCAAUGGAGUUCUAUCAGCUGAGUCUAAAUAUUGCAACAGAGACUGGAAACAGACUUUUGGAAGGAGCCGCAUAUAACAGCCUUGGCAUGUUUUAUGGCUCUCUCUGUGAUUUCAGGAAAGCAAUCGAGUUUCUUCAGCGGAGCCUAACUAUCGCAGCGAAGACUGGAACCAAAAAGUCGGAAGGAACUGUAUAUUUCAACCUUGGCAGGGCCUAUAACUCUCUCGGUGAGUCCAGGAAAGCAAUUGAGUUUUGUCAGCUGAGUUUAACUAUCGCAAAGGAGACUGGGGACAACCAUUCCGAAGCAAUAGGAUAUGGCGAACUCGCUUAUUGUUUUUGUUGUCUUAAAGACUUUCUUGGAGCUGAGGAGUAUUACAGAUCUUCAGUAAGAAUGUUAGAGGAAACUAGGGUCCUCCUUCAAGGGAAAGACGAGUGGAAAAUCAACUUUCGGGAUAAACAUGAUAGUAUUUAUACUAAUUUAAGGCGUCUUCAGUUACGACAAGGCAAGAGCCUUGAAGCGCUCUCUACAGCUGAGGCAGGACGAGCACAAGCUCUCAUGGAUCUCAUGAAAUCGCGAUAUGACGUCAGUAAAUCAAUUUGGUCGUCGUCAGAACAGGACAGGGAACUGAUAAUGUCCAAUUCAAGCCUUAGUUCGUCACCUACGCUUUUUCUAGCAGAAGAAGAAAAACAUGACUUUAAAACAUCAUUGAGUUUCUGGUUAAUUCUAAAUGGACAGCAGUGUCAGAUGAUGCAAAAGGAAAUAAAUGGUAACCUGACAUCAUUGAUUUACCAAACAUACGAAAAUAUUGGUGUAAGGACUGGUGUGAGGUGCAAGCCCUUGAUAUCAGAGCAAGACGACGAGAGUGCUACUUUGAAAACAUUGUAUGACCUGGUUAUCGCUCCAUUUUCAGACCUGAUAAACGGUGAUGAACUCAUUAUUAUCCCUGAUCGUGCAUCAUUCUUGAUUCCUUAUGCUGCCCUCAUGGACCAACGAUCCAGGUAUUUGUCUGAAACGCUGAGAAUUCGAUUGGCUCCAUCAUUAACAAGCUUGCAGCUGCUAGCAGAGUGUACGGAAGGCCACCAUAGUACUUCUGGUGCACUGCUUGUUGGUAAUCCGUGGGUGGAAACUGUACGUAUCAAAGACAACAAACCGUUCCCGCAGCUCCCGGGUGCUGAGAAAGAAGCACAAAUGAUUGGACAGAUUCUUAACACCGAGCCCCUCAUUGGGAAAAACGCUACAAAACACCAAGUUUUGAGCAGGCUUAAUUCAGUUUCUUUGGUGCACCUUGCAGCUCAUGGUUGUCGAGAGACGGGAGAAAUUAUUUUGUCUCCUAAUGUUGCUGAUACUGAAAGACCGAAAGAGGAAGACUUCCUUUUGACAAAGGCAGAUGUUUUGGGUGUACAAUUGCGAGCCAAGCUUGUUGUUUUAAGCUGCUGUUACAGUGGACGCGGAGAGAUCAAAGCCGAAGGCGUGGUUGGAAUUGCACGUGCCUUUUUAGGAGCCGGGGCACGUUCUGUUAUCGCGUCACUGUGGGCGCUGAGCGACGAAGCCACUCUGGAGUUUAUGAAACACUUUUAUGAACAUUUGGUAGAAGGGAAAAGUGCAAGUAAGUCGCUUCAUCAGGCCAUGAAAUGGAUGCGAGAGUCUGACAAGUUCAAUGCGGUGCAGUACUGGGCGCCAUUCGUGCUGAUUGGCGAUGACGUGACAUUG